AAUUAUAAGAAGCAUGAAAUAUUUUAUGAAAUGAUGAAUGGAAAUUUACAAUCUUUUAUUGAUGAAAUUUUAAAAUAUCACGAAAGUAAAGCACUAAGAUCUUAUCAAGAAUAUAAUGAGAACAUUUUUCAUAUGGCUAUUGAG